AAUUGUUAGCACUUGGAAAUCUGAUAGUUAUUUGACUGUUGCUAGGAACUUAUUAUCAGCAUUUAUGUUUCCGCUGUAGAAGAAAGUCUCCGUAGCUACUGUUACAGAUCUCUCUCUCUUGCCUUCUGUUCUCCUUCUUACUCUCAGUGGGUGAUCUGCAUCAAAAACGCCCCGCAUCGCCACCAAUUCCAUGGCGGAAGACGGCGGCCUUUAUAAGCGAGCUCUUACCAGUCUCACUGACCUCGACGACGUCCUUGAUGAGAUACUGGCAUGGCUACCGGUCAAAUCUUUGAUGCGAUUUCGCUGCGUCUGCAAGUCAUGGCGUGCUCUCAUUUCCCAGUCUUAUUUUGUCACCAAGCACUUCAACUACGCAAGCAAACGCUUCACCGAGAACACCUCCAGGCUUUUGAUAUCAACGAGUCCUCUCAAAUCCCUAGACUGUGAAGCAUCCAUGUUAUCCCUAGACUGUGAGGCAUUGAAGGACUUGAACGAUGAUGGAGAUGCUCAUCUCGCAAUUAGAAAGCUCGAGUUUCCGGUAAUGUUCCCUAAUUCCAGUCGUAGAAAUAUUGUGGGUUCUUGCAAUGGCCUGAUUUGUGUAGAAAUUGACCUGAAAGACAUGGUGUUAUGGAACCCUUGUACUGGACAAUCCAAUUUGCUGCCAAAACGUCCUGGUCAGGUCUCUUCGCAGCUUUGCGGAGUUGGUUAUGAUCUCACUACGAAGUUUAGCGGAUUUGGUUAUGAUUCCACUAAUGAUGAUUAUAAGGUGGUGAGAGGGUACAAUUAUAGAGUUACGGGUUCUGAGGAAACCGUGGUUCAGGUCUUUAGUUUAAAAUCGGGUUCGUGGAGAACCCAUGAGGGUCUCAGUUACUUUGGCUUGGUAGGGCCGGGGUGCUUGUUAAAUGGUGCUCUGCACUGGCCAGAGACCAUAUUUGAUCAUUUUGAUCCAACAGAUUCGAGGAUUAUCUCUUUUGAUUUAGCACAGGAAAAGUUUCGGGAGAUGCUUCCAUUGCCCUCUCAGGCUGGUUUUGAAUGCUACUUUGUUUGUGGAGAUUGUCUUGGUGUAUAUGAAUAUAGCGAUCCAAACAAUGAGUUCGUCAGGUUUAGAAUAUGGAUGAUGAAGGAAUAUGGGGUCAAGGAAUCGUGGACUGAAGUUGCUUCUUUAGAUAUCUUACAUAAAGAUGCUGAAUUCUCACUCUUGAUGCCUCUGUGCAUAUUAGAGAAUGGUGAAGGUUUGAUCGCCAACAGAUAUGAUUUUCAGUCCUUGGUAUUAUAUAGCUUCAAGGAACAGACAUUCAGGAAUGUUUUUAAGACCCACAACAAAUGGAAUUUUGAUGCAGUCAUUUACAGGGAGACUUUAGUUUCACCAGCCACCAGUGGUAUUGCAGACAUCUAAGAUCAACUCUAAUGUGGGGAGCUAAUGUGUGAGCACCAUGAUCCUCAAGGAAAUCUCCAGAAUGUUUGAACCAAGUUGAAGCUGCUGCCAGAGGUGAAGAGCCCCAGUUGUAAUUGAAGGUGGAAUUCAGGAAAAGGUGCUCGCAUUAUCUGCUGCCAGACAUGACUUAUGCAUCUCCCUCAAUUGUACACUAAUUGACUAAAUUAUUUUGGUUUCACUGACUGCCAGUAUUGGUUUUUAUUUGAUUGGUUGCAUUGGUGAAUCUUGCCCUGUGAUGUGUGAUAGUCUUGGUUGUUUCAAAUGAGGUGUAUAAACUGAGCAUGUAAUUUUCGGGCGAGACAGGUUCCAUACAAGAUAAGAUUGGUAGGAAACCUAAAGCCUCCGGAAAUUAUAAUAUCAUCCGUUGUGGGUUUUUCUUAGGUAUUAA